GGUCCCUCACCUCUCACCCCGAAUCGUCACCGUGCCGGGUCGAACAGCAGCAGCAGCGGCGGCGGCGUUGAGCGAUCGCUGCCGGUUUAAGUUGUUCAUUCAGCUAUGGCACUUGAAUAGCGCUAUCCCAGAGGGGAGAGAGGAGAGGAGGCGGACGAGUACAACUUAGGUGGCACAGAGCCCAGCCUCGUCCCGACUCAGGCGCUCCGCACAUCAAGCUGCGUCGACUGCACGGGAGCCAAGGCCGUACCCACAUGGCCGUACCUCACAGUGGAGCCACGGUCUCUGGGCUUGCAGAGCGGCAUCUCCACUGAGGCCACUGCCGAUUUCGCGAAGCCACCGGCGGCGUGGAACCGAGAGGACGGAGUGAGUCAGGGAGGCCCUGCACCGAGACCAGACGUGCUGCCCGCAACGAUGGCGACUCUGCCGCAGGGCAAUGGGCACGUCCCCGGCGAGGCCCCCGUGCCCUGCAUCUGCGUUGCGCUCACGAGUCCCCCUGUGCCCAACUGCGUGGCGCCCAUGUGUGCGAGGGGCGAUGACGCCCAUCUCGAGGAGGUCCCGGGUUUUGGCGAGAAGUGGGGAGAUGUUGACCCCCCGGGGGGUGACGCGGUGGCGAGCAGUGCGCCGCACUCACGGUCUCCGACCUCGCUGCCCGUGACCUCUGAGGGAACCGUGCACCGAUCACACUGCACUGCCCAGGACGGGCAGGAGAAGGCGGUGGAGGCGGAGGAGGACAUGGGGGUCCUCGCGGUGCCGCCCAGCUGCGCCGAGGGUCUCCCCGGCAGCCUGGCCCCUCCGGGCCCCGCGGACGGAAGCCCCAGCCGUUCGGAGAGCCCCGCUCCGGGCGCCAUGCAUCACGAGCGGAGCUCCAUGUUCCUCACCGUCAAGACGUACGCCGAUCUGCUGGGUUGCGACGAUCCCGGGGACGCGCAGCCCGGAGCGACCGCCGCCGGUGACGGCAGCGCCCGGCAACCACGCGACGCGGCGUCUGUCGCGGUGCGGCCGAUGGCGCCUCUCGGCGACCACACAGACGGCACGGUGGCGCGGCCCGAGGGUGGCGAUGCCGCCGCCGGUGACGACGACGACGACGACGACGCGGGCAUCGUGAUCAGCCCCCACGACGCCGACUUCUUGUCGGAGUCGGACGUCUCGUCGGAGCGCGACGCGGCCAAUGGCGCCGAGUCGGACUCGGCAACGGUGGCGGCGGCGGAAGAGGAGGCGGCGUCGCGGGACGGCGAGGACGUGACGAGUGCCGAGUGGAGGCAGCACCGCAAGCACAUCUUCGUGCUCAGCGAGGCGGGGAAGCCCAUCUACUCGCGGCACGGCAGCGAGGAGGCGCUCUCCUCCAUCAUGGGCGUCAUGCUCGCGCUCGUCUCCUUCGUGCAGGCCAGCCGCAACGCCAUCCGCUCCAUACACACAGGCACGCACGUCGUCGUGUUCCUGCAGCGGGGCCCGCUGGUGCUGGUGGCCGUGUCACGCAGCCGCCAGUCGGAGCAGCAGCUGGCGCAAGAGCUGCAGUAUGUCUACAGCCAGAUCCUGAGCGUGCUCACGGCUACGCAACUCAACCGCGUCUUCCAGAAUAAGCAGAGCUACGACCUGCGCCGCCUGCUCGCCGGCACGGAGCGCUUCCUCGACAGCCUGCUGGACCUCAUGGAGACCGACCCCUGCUUCUUGCUGUCGGCUGUGCGUUGCCUGCCGCUUCCCGGCUCCCUGCGUGACUCCGUCAGCCAGAGCCUGCAGCAGGCCAAGGACAAGGACUUGGUGUUCUCCGUCAUCCUGGCCAAGAACCACCUAGUGAGCAUGGUGCGCCUGAAGGAGCAAUCGCUGCACCCGGCCGACCUGCACCUGCUGCUGAACCUGGUGAGCGCAUCGCGAACCUCGUUCAGCGAGGGCGAGGUGUGGCUGCCCAUCUGCCUGCCACAAUUCAACUCGUCGGGCUUCUUCUACGCGCACGUCUCUUACCUGGACGACGCCUGCAACCUGUGCCUGCUGCUGCUGUGCGCCGACCGCGAGGCCUUCUUCACUGCCUCCGACUGCCGGCGCCGCGCGCUAGAGCGCAUGCGGCGGCAGGACGCGCUGAGCGGAGUGCUGGCGGCGCUAGGCAGCGACUCGUACAGCGUGGCGCAGACCGGCAUCCCGGACCUGCGCCACUUCAUGUACAAGUGCCGCAGCACCUCGCAGUUCACCAGCCCUGAGCUGGAGGCCCCGUACUGCUCGGCUGAGUCGAGGCAGCGACUCUUUGACCUCUACCAGCAGCUGCACGGGCGCGUGCACAACGCGGCCCGGCCGCUGAAGCUCAUCUACCACGUGCGCCAGCAGGAGACGCUGCUCGCCUGGGUGACGAGCGGUUUCGAACUGUACACCUGCUUCAGCCCUCUGGUCACCAAGGCGGCGGCCAUCAACGCCAUCACCAAGCUGCUUCGCUGGAUCAAGAAGGAGGAGGAGCGCCUCUUCAUCAUGAACCCCCUCACCUACUGACGCGGCCGCCCGACUCGCGUCGUUGACGUCGCCCCCCGUCCUCCGCCCCGCCGUCUUCCGUGAAGACGCCCCCAGCAGGACGGUGCGCGCUGCGCGUUUUGUAAAAGCCGGGGCACCGCGGACGCCGUGUUCGGCGGCGAGAGCACGGGUUUAGACGGUGCCCCCUCAUGCUAGUGCUUGAGGCAUCGUCGGAGCGGCAUGACGAGGGAGGCGGUGGUUCAUCGCAAGGUCCGUCAUCUUAUGCUCACGUCCACGGUAUCGCUGGGUUGCGCCUAUCUGCUUUGCCGGCGUCGUGCGUUCUUUCACAGAGAGGCAUCGAGACGCCGUUGGAUUGGCGCCACCACGGUCCUGCAUGGCGACUUCCCGGGGAAAUGCUACGCACGCCUAUAAAUCAUUCACACUUCACUUGCAGGAGCAACCCAAACAGCAGUGUGCAACAAACUGCGGACGCAACUAAGCCGUGCGUCAUCGGUCACCUGACACGAGUGCAAUGAAUCGCUACUGGGGAGGGGUAUGCUUUGUUAAGUGGAAAUCCGAGGCGUGAGGGAUUAAAAAUCUGAAUCUUUUUCACAGAUGUCAGGUAGGACGUCCAGUUGUAGUAGGGUCAGUCACCGAGAGGAGGGGGAGAUUAUUGUGCAGCGUUUACACGUGGCGGCCAUGCAUCCCACAAGUUCGACUGCAGCACUUUGACGACUGGAAUUCCGAGGCAGAAGGAAGUGUCACCUGAGCAUAGACUGAUUUAUAUGAAGCAGGGGCAUACCUCAAUGAAAAUCUCAUCGUAAACAUUUAAAAUGUUUAUAAAUGCACCCUUCAUUCUACGAGCGCAUUGUAAACUUGCACAAUAAGGGACCUUCAAACCUAAGCCCACAAUUGUCAUGGUUCACUUGUGCUCUCUUCCUGGAGUAAAGUCAGCGAAAGUGCUGCUCCACUUUGACAUCGCAGCGUGCAGAAAAUGACAGCUGCAGUGGCGCUGGCACGUGGGGUCACGGCGGAGCCAGUAGGGGGACUGCCACCCAAGUCCCGCGUCUUGAGAUGUUAAGGUGUGGACGCCAUGUCCACCUGAGCUGUUCUUCUCUCGAUUUUUGCUCGUGUUCCAAACCCAGAUUCCAACCUGGCUGCUGAAGCAAUCUCUUGCCCAAUGUUCGUGACAUUUGGACACGACAGGACAUGAACUCUGUUAAAGUUCGGCUGCGCACUCGGCACAUCCGCUCGAAAAGGGCCUUGGCAGCUACCAUUUCAGUUGAGGAAUAAAGUGUAAUGUUUAUGUGUUAAAAUCCUAUUUUGGCUGCCAAAUCACGCAUUUAAGCAAAACAAUGUACACGUUUUUGGGUUGUUCCUAUAAAUGUAAAUUUUAAAGUGACCCUACUUUGAUUGAGACGAAUGCAGAAGUGGUUGUAGACCGUUGCGUGUAACGGUCGCUCCAGCUGGAGCCGGGGGAUAAGCGUGUGGUGUAGCCCGGCGUGUAACUUUUUCAGAUAUUUUGAAUUCACUUGACUUCGAUGUAAGAUAGCUGACACGAAUCGUUUUUAUUUGUAGGAUACGGCUGGGCAUACGGGUUUGCUUGAAGUUUUAUUCAGCGGCAAGUUUACCAUUUGUAAAAUACUGAUGACGUGAGACAGUGGCUGCAGGCGGCGUAACGCUGGCUAAGGCCUGGCAGCCCGCGUGAGGGCUUAGAGGCGCGUGGUGCAUGCGCAGCGUUCACAGGCCGACAACGGGCGAUGCACGCCCAGCAAGCUCACUAGGCACUCUACGAGGUCGCAUCACUGUUUUACGUUGCAAAACGCCGGCUAUCUUUGGCCAAUAAAUCCAUAGGUUGGUGUGUGACCCCUUUAGGGGGGGCUAAAUGGGGGCUCGUGCACAUCAACUCUGUUAGAAUGUCCACAAUCGACUGUCCGUCUUUGACAGUGACGACACAUUGCCCUCUCACCCCCCCCCCCCCCCCCAUGCGUCCCUUGGAUCUUCACAGUCUGAAGGUGAUGAGACUCCGAGUCGCUGGUUACUAUGGGGGUGACACUUGGAGCUGUUAUCGCCCUCUUGUCGCCUGUAGAAAGUUCCACAUGCAACCUCAACUUCUGUGUCUGUCAUAAGUCUCAUAAUUGCACUUUUUAGCGAGUGUAUUCUAAAGCCUUGACUGUUUCAAUAAUCCCAUCUGCAGAUAUAAAAAUCUAUGCAUCUUGCACAGUGUUUCGUGAACGUCGUGAGUGGAAACCUGCAGAAGCACGUCUGGACAUGGUGCCCCCUUGCACGAAGCCUGGCCUUGAUGAGUCUGCAGUAGAGAACGUCAUCAUUGGUGUUGCGUCUACUCUCAAGCAUGGCCAGUCACUCAACAUUGGUUGUUACUAAAAUGUUGAAAUUAAAUUAAAUUUUAAAGUAGCUGGGGAGGUGGCUGGGUGAGUUGGGGGCUCAAUUAUUGUACCAGAUUAACGAGGCAUCACAGCCAGGAUCCUGGGUUCUAACUCGGGACGUGUCUCCUACUGUGUUCACGGUGGCUGAGCUGCCUCGAGUGUGGACAUUGACAUGAGUCGGAUAAUGUUAGAUGGCCAAUGACGGCACAACAUUUCACCGAUUGUUUUAGUUCACUCAGUUCAAGCCACCACUUGAUGCGUGAAAUUGAUGAAUGUCGGUUAUUUGACCACAUAUUACAGAACAUGAAGGUGUGUUCUAUUAGUUUCAAGUUUAUUUUGUUUAAGCAGGUAAGAUUUCAAGAGACCAGCAUGAGUCUCAUUUACAAGAAUGACCCGGGGCAUUAGUCGGCCAGUAGGGGAUAAUGAUUGAUAUGUAUAGUUCCAAUUGAGUAAUUUGCGGGUUAUGUUUAAAUUUGACAAAUGUGGACUCUGACGUCCACUGUGAAGCAGACGGUCCGUAGUAUUUUGACGGUCAUUACAACCGCAGGAAUAAUCAGGACUGUUGCUGGAUUUGAACCAUGAACCUUUGCAACAAACAUGAAACGCGCUACAGUUGGUAUUCUUCACCACCCAUGGCCUCGUGACGAGUCACUCCACUGGCUUGGUGUCGUCAUUCUCCGUGGGCAUUCCUUGGCCUGACACGAGCCUCGGCUGAUGGAGGCAGUUCUUAAAUCACGUUCAUUCGAUAUCGGACUCCCGACAGCGCAAUUGGGAUAAAAUUAGUGACAAAAUGUAGACAUUACACUGGGUUACGCUGCUGUAGGAUUCCAUUAUCAGAUGUUUAGAUUUUAGAUUUGAAGAUUUCGUGACUGCAAGUAUUCAUAUUCUUAGGUUUUUUCGGUAAAGUCA